AGAAGAGAACAUAAAGGUUUUGUAGUAAUCCAUGAAAACAAAAGGAAUUUUGUAGAUAUAUUGUUCUAGCUUUAUCAGUUAGUUUUCUGAGUCUACACGUUUGUGACAUGGUAAGGGGUUGAAACAUUGAAAAGAUUAGCCAUCAACAUUAAAUGGGUAAGUGGUCUUGCCAACUGGAUAUGUAAAAUACGUACGAUCGCCAUAUCCGCCCACUUCUGAUCACUUUCCGGACUGGAGAUAUUUACGAAAUCUGAGCCUGUUUCAAAAGGAAGAAACCAUAUUAUUGUCUGCAUUGGCACGGUACCUUUAUCGAAGCUCUGCAGAUAGAACCGAACAAUAUUUCAGCGUCACAUUUGCAUCAAACUAGGAGAAUAUUAACAUCGAAAAGGAAAACUAACCAAGCCGUAAGAUGAAGUCACUUGGACAAUUAUAUCUCACAGUAGCUGUUACUGCACUGUAUUUUGCUCAAUCCAUGGCACAAAAUGUGGACGACGUAGUUGAUUCUGCUGGAACAAAGAUUUAUCUCAAUCAAAUAUUUCAGCAAUUCGGUGAAAAAAAUGGAACUGUUAUGUCUCAGGGACGAUUUAAUGCCCUUCUUAAGCAACUCACUCUUGGAAAUGUGUACAUAGAAAAAUUGGAGAAGUUUUGUUUACACAAAGGAGAACACAAUGGCUUUACACAAGAACCAUCAAGGUCUGAUCCCUUGUCGAAUGAAGGAGGUAAGGAAAGCGUCUUAAAGCGAACGCGAAGGUCGGGCAAUCAUGGCGAAGAGAAGGGAACCACAGAGAGUCCGAGGCAUUCGUUGCACUUGGAGGAGCACUUCAGUAAGUGCAUGUCGAAAAAGAUACUACUGCAGAAGCAUGGUAUUAAUGCAACAAACCCUAUAACAAAGAGUGCCUUCGUUAAGAUGUGUCCUGCACUGAUUCAGCAAAUCAGUGGGGACUUCUGUAUCCAUAGACACAACUGUUCGCAGCCUUACUAUCUGAGGCUUGUGGUUGAGCCCAACAUGGUUUGGGCCUAUGGAUUUGUGGCAAUCACACUCGUAAGCCUUGCUUCUUUAUGCAUAAUUGCAGUCAUACCAUGUCUGGAGAAAGGGUUUUACCAGAGGAUUAUGGGAUACCUGGUUGCCCUAGCGGUUGGCACGCUGGCUGGCGAUGCGUUGCUACAUCUUAUCCCUCACGCCUUCGAAAGUUUGUUAGCACGUUCAGAAGAAGACCACAAGAGGAAUAUUUGGAAAUCUUGCUUCAUACUUCUCGGAAUGUACUCGUUUUUUUUCGUGGAACAGAUGAUGAAAGCUAAGAAAUAUCUUCCAUGCUGCAGAAAAAAGAGAGAACAUAGUCAUGAAACGGAGGAAAAGUUUGCGCUGGAAGACAACGCAUCAGUUAGUUUAAGGGACAUGGAGAAAAAAGAUAUGUCAAUCGGCGGAAAGGACAAUUCUUUAUGCGAUGACUCUACCGAGCCUAUGACGUACCCUUCUGAGCAAAAGUCACCAAGCGCUGCCUCGAAUACAGAAUUAUUAACAUAUCCAAUUGUAAAACAUAAUGAUCAUGACCCAUACAAUCAUCUUGAGCGUCAUGACCACCACGAGGCUGUACACAAUCUAGAACACGAUCAUGGUAUAGACCAUGGUCAUUCUCAUGGUACGAUUGAUAAGAAUACUUCAGUGGCGACGGUAGCUUGGAUGGUCAUUGUUGGCGAUGGAUUUCACAAUUUCAGCGAUGGCCUCGCAAUUGGUGCUGCGUUUGCUGCCUCGUAUUCAAGCGGUAUCAGUACAGCGAUUGCUGUUUUUUGCCAUGAACUUCCUCAUGAACUAGGCAAGUUCUUUAUCUAUCAAUAACAAAGUCUUUUUAAGCAAGUAGCCUUGUAUAUCGACGGUAUUGCCUAACCUUACUAUUAAUUUUAUUGCUGAAGCAUCGAAUUUUUUUAGCCAUGCCAAUGUAGUAGAACAAUGUAGUUUUGUUAUAACUGUAAGAGCCCAUCAUACAUUUCCAUUUGCGCUCGUAUCGAAAAAUAUGGAAGAAUGUAACCGCGAAUCUUUGUUUGCACGUUUUUAUGGUUACAAUUAGAUCCAUUAUCAGGUUUUGAUCUCUAUUUGCUGGUUUUGGUCAAGGCAUGAAGACACUUUUCGUCCAUAAAUUGCCUGCAAAAAUGGGGAGAUAAAAGAACAAAAGGGUAACGUUCCAAAAACUGUAAUGAUGUGCCAACAGUUUUAUGAAAGUAGAAGCUACAUUUAUAAAUGUUUAAGCAUUACUAUCACUUUACUAAACGUUUACUAUCACUUCAAAAUCAUUUUCUAUUUUUGUGACUGAAAAUUAUUCUUUGUUCUUUAACGCCUAAAAUUGAUCUGGAAUUGGGGCUUAGCUAUAAUAUUUACCUACUAACUGGUGAGAAUAUUCACAAUCAGAAUAUUGAAAUUUGCUAGAAUGCAGGUGGAAAAGUACAAUUGCAGAAAAAAUUGGGGUGGCUAUUAUCUUUAGAAGUGUAUCCAUGGAAGUUUUAAACAAACUGUUUGAUGAAGAUAUAGGUCAGCUCCCUGAGAAGAAAUCAAUUGGAAAAAGCAUUAGAGAAAAUUUGCUUUAAUAAGCUUUGAUAAGUAAAAAUCACUGUGAUAGGCGAUAUGUAGGGGCCUUGCACGCAUCUACAUGGCAAAGAUUUGCAAAUUUUCCAAGAAUUUUGCAGAUUAUAACAAAGAUUCUUA